AUGUCAGCGCCUGUGGUUCCGCCCAACCAGUACGAUGUGAACAUGGACAAUCCUCUACAGGGAAGUCCAUGGGCAGAUAUAGAAUCUCAUCCAGGUGUUUUUACAGAGCUUGCAAGUCAGAUUGGCAUUAAAGGAGUGGAAAUUGCCGAGAUAUUCAGUCUUGAUGCAGAAUAUUUAAAGGCUUUCGAACCAAUUUACGGACUGAUAUUUUUAUUCGAGUGGCAUGCAGAAGACACGGAACAGAGUAAAAUUGCUGCAGAUAUAAAAAGUAUCCCAGAAAAAAUAUUUUUUAUUAAUCAGGUUGUUCCGGAUGCAUGUGCCACUCAAGCACUGUUGAGUAUUGCUUUAAAUAGCGCUACUAUUGAACUAGAUUCAUCAUUGGUAGAAUUUAAGCAAUUUUGUUUAGAAUUAUCUCCAGCAAUGCGUGGAUUGGCAUUGAGUGGGUUUCAGAGAUUAAGGGUAUCACACAAUUCGUUUGCAAGACAAACGGAUAUCUCUACACUCUACUACCCUGUACCACAAAAACGCAAGUAUAAAAAGGCUGUAACAAAAAAACCUCCACAAUCAGUUAAAGGUAAUCUUGCGCGAGUUCCAGUUUCAAUCAGCACAGAUACAUCUCAAAAAAGUAGCACUGGAACUACAUUAAAAUCAAGAAAAGCACAGCAGCGAAAAAAUAUGACUUCCAAAACCUGUGACUCUAAUCUGGAAAAAUCACAAACUACAUGCAACGACAAAAGUGCACAACCAAAAUAUCAUUUUAUUGGAUAUGUACCCAUCGAUGAUGCGGUUUGGGAGCUUGAUGGUCUAAAACGGAUGCCUAAAAAACUGGGGAACAUACCAAAAAACGGUGAUAGUUGGAUAUCGAUAGCCAUUUCUAUCAUUCAAAAGCGCAUGAACAGCUAUUCAGUUGAAUUUAAUCUAUUGGCGCUUAUUGAGGAUCGAGUGCAAAUGUAUGAAAAAAAGAAAAGGCUUAUUAGCACUGCUCGCGAGUGUAUUUUAAAAUGUGAAGCAUCCGAAGCUUCUCCAACGUCUGAUUUUGCGGUUUUUUUAAAGGAGGCUGAACUGAGUGUAGAGGAUUACGCCGUUUUGAAAUCCAAAUUGAAUGUGUCGACUGCCCUGGAAAUUCUGGAUAAAUCUGAUCGUGCUAUUGACUGUAGAAUCAAAGAAGAGGCUGAAAAACGCCAAGAGUAUAAAGAUGAGAAUAUAAGACGUCGAUUUAACUAUGCUCCGUUUAUACGCAAAUGGUUUGAGAUUAUGAUCAGAAACGGUUCACUUGCAUCCCAUAUCAAAUAA